AUGUGCUCCUCAAUCACUGUCUUUCUACUCGAAGGCACGCUCAUUCGUGAGGUCUAUGGCUAUCUGCAUUUUCUUCCUGAUAUCCUGGCUUGGCGGGACACCAGUUCUCAUACCCGGACGGUUGGAACGCCCUUCAUCUCUGCACGCUUUUCAUGCAUAGUCCAGCCCUUCUUUCGCCGUCACGUUCGGGAACUCACUCAUGUUAUGCACAUCACCAAUGCCGUCAUAACUGGCUCGUGCACAAUGAAGAUGCUCACCGGCGGCGAAGGCUAUAUGAACAACAUUAACUUUGUGAUUGCUCACGGCACACUCGAUGUAUUUCAAGCCUUUAUCCAAGAUAAGCUUAUCUAUCGAUGGGCCACAACCAAGCCCCAUUACGCAUUUCAAAGUGCGGUCACUAGUUAUACAGUCUACCGUCGCGGCGAACUGUUUAUCACUGUAUCAGAAGCCAAAAUUGAUGGGAUGUUCAGCGUCAUAGCUUCUUCGCCCACGACGGCCAACAUGACCAUGAUGACCCCCGGCAGUUUUGCUACAUUCUAUCCGCAUUGGACACUCAAGCGUGUUGCCGUUCUUAAUCAGACUUUGCUUUGCGGCGAUCAUGCAGUCCAUGCAGUUGGCUGUUACACUCACCCGGAGUUUGAGUGUCAUGAGAACACUUACUGGUUGGGACCAGCAUGUCGCACUUUGUGUCCUGCCCUAUGGCUCAACAUCGCUGAUGGCAGUGGGAAGCUGAGUCAGGCAGAAGUCGGGCGACUAAGUGCGCUCGAGGCGCGGGAACGCGCGAGGUAUGCGGAGGGCGCGGGAAAUGCGCGGAAGGCGCGGGAAGGUCGCGCUCGUAGAGCGCAAGAUAACUCCGCAUCCCAGUCUCCACCGGACAUACCCCUCAGCAGGAUCUGCCCUGUUUCCCAUAUACAUCGGACGUCUAUACAUCGGACGUCCUAUUCUUCGGAUGUCCUAUUUGUCGGAUCUCACUCAUGUCGUCCACUCGUCCACUCGUCCGCUCAUCCACUCAUCCACUCGUCCACUCGUCCGCUCGUCCCUCGUCCCACUCGUCCACUCGUUCCGCUCAUCCACUCAUCCACUCGUCCACUCGUCGCUCGUCCACUCUUCCGCCGUCCACUAGUCCGCUCGUCGCACGUCUUCCGCUCCGUCCACAAGAAUCGUCCGUCAUGUCUUCCCAUCGUCCUUGCUACCACGCAUCCUCCUGUAUUCGUCGGACAUCCUAUACGUCGGACCCGCUCGGGUCCACUUAACCCCUAA